AUGGAAAUGGAGCUUAUAGGUCCAAUCAAGGUAAAAGAUGGUCUAUUUAUCGGGGAUGAAUUUUCCUCUCAAGACCUUGAAUUCGUUGUAGCCAACAAAGUCACUCAUAUCAUAAACUGUGCAGCUCGCCAAGUUCCAAAUCAUUGGGAACCAAUUGGAGUCCAAUAUCUGAGUCUAUACUGGCUUGACAAUGACUCUCAAAUUUUAUUUGAUGUCAGAAACGAAACCAUCACUCAAAUCUUUGAUUUUAUUGAAAUUGCUCACAAUCUAGGCGAAAGCGUUUUGGUUCAUUCAGUCAGAGGCCGAUCUCGAUGUAUAUGCGCUUUAGCAAGCUACUUUGUACAAAAAUACCGCUGAACUCUAUUCAAAACCUUGGAAUUCUUGAACUCUCGACGUCCAGAUAUGGAUCUGAGGCCUCCGUUUAUACAGCAAUUAGCUGCAUUAGAAAAUCGUUUAUUAAAGCAAGGAAAUGGACCAGUUUCCUCAAGCUGGGAUGAAGAAAUUUUUCUUGAUCCAGAAGAGCAUGUGCUGAGAAACACGUUUUUGAAUGCACAGAUGGGUCCUUUUGUACAUUAUGAUGACGCACUUGAAGAGAUUGAAAAGUUGAAUAAGCUAAAUUGGGCUGAUAACCAUACCGAUGAAAAAGAAAAAUUAGUCGAUAUCCCACAUCCUUCGAGCAAAAAUCCUGUUGAAGACGGGCAUGCUAUAUUGAGAUCUUGUAUGAAAGGAGCUGAACAAAUCGAGUAUCGAGCUCCUUUAUUAGUCAUGAAAAAUGAAAAGCCGCAGAGGAUAAGGGCAGGAGGAGAAAUUAUUGGGAACUGCUUUAAUAAAAAAGAAAUCAAUGGGAUCAGCCACGAAGAUCUGCAGAAGCUGACUGAAUCACUGCAUCAAGAUAUGUGGAAAUCACUAAAUAUAAAAGUACCUGAAAAGAAGGGGGAUAGGGAUAACUCACCUGCUGGGGCGUCAAAAAGAAGAGUAAGUCCUGUUAAUGUGAAUGUAAAUAGAAAAAGGCCAAAUGCAUGACUUAUAGCAAAUGAGGGAGUAAAAGCUGACAAAUCUGAAGACAAAGGAAAUAAGGAAGGCUUGAAAAAAAGAAAUAGGCCUAAUACAGCACCAGCUAUAGGCAGUGAAAAAGUUGAAGUAAAGAGCAGGGCUUAUUCAGCUUAUAAAAGUGGGAAUAAAGUGAAUAAAGGUCAUAGAGAUACAAGAUAA